GAUGACUCACUUACAGGCUGGCCUCUCUCCAGAGACCCUGGAGAAGGCCAAGGUGGAGCUGAAGGAAAACCCGGAGACUUUACACCAGGACAUCCAGGAGGUCCGGGACAUGAUCAUCACCCGGCCGGACAUCGGGUUCCUCAGGACAGACGACGCGUUUAUCCUCAGAUUCCUCCGGGCGAGGAAAUUCAACCACUUCGAGGCGUUUCGGCUGCUGGCACAGUAUUUUGAGUACCGACAGCAGAACCUGGACAUGUUCAAGAACCUGAAAGCGACGGACCCAGGCAUCAAACAGGCCCUGAAGGACGGGUUCCCUGGGGUGCUCUCCAAUCUGGACAGAUACGGCAGGAAAAUACUGGUCCUGUUCGCAGCCAACUGGGACCAGAGCAGAUACACAUUUGUGGACAUACUGAGGGCGAUCCUGCUGUCCUUGGAAUCUAUGAUAGAAGAUCCAGAGCUGCAGGUCAACGGCUUCAUCCUCAUCAUCGACUGGAGUAACUUCACCUUCAAGCAGGCAUCCAAACUGACUCCCAGCAUGCUGCGGCUGGCCAUUGAGGGGCUGCAGGACAGUUUUCCUGCCAGAUUUGGAGGAAUCCACUUUGUGAACCAGCCCUGGUACAUCCACGCUCUCUACACCGUGAUACGACCCUUCCUCAAAGACAAGACCAGGAAGAGGAUCUUCAUGCAUGGCAACAACCUGAACAGCCUCCAUCAGCUGAUCCAUCCUGAGAUCUUGCCGUCGGAGCUCGGUGGGAUGAUGCCGCCGUAUGAUAUGGGCACAUGGGCACGAACGCUGCUGGACCACGCUUACGAUGAGGAGACAGACUACUGUCCGGAGUCCUACACCCUGUCAGUACAAGACCUGGAGAGAGACCUGGAGAAAAACCUGUCCCCAAAAACAAUGAAGAGGUCUCAGUCUGUGGUGGAACCAGGCGUCCUGAAACGACCAGACAAAGUCAAGAGUGAAGAGGACAACAUGCAGCCGCUGCUCUCGCUGGACUAAUCCACACAUUCAAUAACAGCUCGAAAGCAUAAUCAAUAUUUACACACACAAACACACUGACUUACCUGUGCACCUACUGUAAGCGACACGCCCGCCCUGAAAACACCUUCCUCCAGAAAACGCUGCUGCUGCUGCUGUUGGAUUUGUGUUUCUCUUGAACUUGAGGAAAAAUCAAAAUGAGCUAACGGGAGGCAGACGAACGAGCCAGACACGAGACGGACGUUUCCUCGCAAGCAAAGGGCAUCCUAAGAGCUACUGAUGGUGUUCUAUAUUUAUUUAUUUAGUUAUUUGUCAAGUGCCAAUUCCAAAAAACUGUAAAUUAACGUCUUUAAACAAUCCAGCCCCCUCAGUGUGGAGCAGGGAAGUAGAACAAACAUGAAGAGAAAGAGUUGUGAAGGUGCCACAUGCGUGUGAAAACAGUGUUUCCUACAGUUGUGUAGUAUAAAGGUGAAAAACUGGAGAUCAUUUCUCAAAGAGGGCUCGGGGCCACAGUUCCCGAGCUGCAGUGUUUUUCUUCUUUGUACAGUAAUUUGAAGAAAACAAGAAGUACAGCUCAGGAUUAGUGACGAUAACGAGCUUGUUCAACCUCCUGGACACAAAACUGGCAGACAGGCAGGCAGGCACUGGGUUUACUGGGAGCUUACUGGGAGGUUAUGGGUGUCUUUCCUGUGAAAAUAACGUCUGAACUAUAUCGACCUCGCUCCAGUUAUCUCUUGGAAAAGCAAACCCCCCUUUACGCUAAGAGUGGGCUGUGGGAUUUUUUUUCUCCUCCUUUUCUGACCCAUAUGUCGCAGAGUACAGUAUUUCUUCUGCCAUUAGGAAAACACUAAGCUGCAGACUCUUUUUAAACAGUGACUCACAUCAUUACGUUUGGCUGAAGAUGACCAAAAGAUAUAUUUUGAGAAGUUAAUAGAUGUCAAGCCAGACAAAUAAAUAAACCUAAAUUUAAUUUUUAUAAAAGCAGAGUAUGGAAACCCUGUCCAGUGACCUUGUGACACAUUUGUUACUGUAUAUUUCUGGCAAUAAUAAUCUUACAUCUAAAAUGGCCGAGCAUCACCACAGUAUCUGUUCUCAACAUGUCAGUAUUAUAAGAUUUUGAGACGCGUUAAAGGACUGCACCGUUAUUUUUUGCAUGUUUUACUAUAAAUCUUACUCAUGAUUUCAGUACAUUAUUGGUGUUUCAUUAUGCGGCUAAAAGCUAUUUUAAUCAGUAUUAAUAUUAGUUUAUAAUCUUAACUCAAGGUCCACUUAUUAGCUUUCUCCUGAGCUUUUACCAUAUCUAACAUUUAACCAUUAAUUUACAGAUUUGAUUGAAGAUCUCUGUGCUAUCAUGUGAUUAAAAAAAAGAAAAGAAUUCAGUAAUUCACAAUUUUGCUUUUUUGUCUUCAGCGUUCUUUUCAGUAACUACAUGAGGAAAUGCUCUUUGGCAGCAGACUCUUAAAGGUGCCCUGUGGAGUUCAUGGCCACUAGUGGAGCUAUGGAGCAAUGUUGUUUUAAAUGGGUUGUUUGUAUCAGAGCAUGUGAUUCACGCUCCUACCAUUAGUUUCACGUCAUUCCACAAAUCAACAGUUGCAAAGCUGACACAAAAAGAGGCGUAGUAAUGCACCAACAAAGGCAAAGAAGAAGACGGCUAGCUAGCAAACAUUAUCGUACACAGUGCACAACGUAAAAUAUUACAAAUUAUCGGCUUUGCAAAUGUUUUACAAGGAAGGUUCAAACCAGGUCCCCAAGAAGUGCGCUGGUAUUAAAGCCUAUUUGACAUAGUGGCCAAACCGUGUAACUACAGGUAACUACAACUUUCAAAUCCAUCAUCGGAUGCCAUUGGGCCCAAAAGAGGCUUUUUCCUACAGAGUUAAGGUCUUUGCACACUGAGUCCGUUUUAUCAGAUGCAUUUUUUUAAUCCGUCAUCCCAAAAAAAAGUCAUUACACACAGAAACCUUGCACACUGAUUCUAAUGCAUUUUAAUGUUCUAUUUAUUUCAGAAAUUCACAAUACGUGACAAAAUGAAAAGACACAUUUCUGCCUUUGGUUUUCCACACUUGAGUUAUUUACCUGGCUGUCGCCACUCCCUCCCUGAAUAUUACUAUCUGACCUAUUAAAAGUAGCUAUCUGAGUUAUGAAAUGAUUCUGUGCGCCCCGUUCCUCUGUCUUGUCGCACCGCCAUUUUCUUCACUGGUUCUUGGUCAAACAACUCUCUAAAGGCUUCUGAUGGAUGCGGAAAAAAAAACACAGAAACCUGUUACAAAAAUUUUGAUUAUGGAUUAUCAGACUCAGUGUGUAAACAUGAUUCACACAACAUGAAGUCGUGUUUAUUUUUAGACGUGCGACAAUUUCGGACGAAAACAAUUGGACUCAGAGUGCGAAAUCAGUGGAUAAUUUAUUUUCAGCAUCACAACCCCUGCGAAACAACUCAUGUCACUCUCUUAAUUUUAUCCAUUCAGUCUGAUGAUAUUUUGAAAGUCUAGUAGAGCCGCACGAUUGAGUCCUUUUAUCCCCAUUCAAGUUAGCAGAGCGCUAAACAGGAAGUUAGCCACUUGGCCGGCAGAAGUCUCCAGUGCACUUGCUCUCUGGGCCUAAUGAUGUUAAAGUUUCAGAUAAUUCUACACCUGGGAACUGAACUUUUUUGGCCUCAUGCGCCACUGAGCAACUUCCAUAGGAAUGAAUAGCCCUCCUUGGACACUGUAUCCAUUUCUCUUUAUACAUCUGUGGUUCAAACAGUGUGUUUUCGGUGAGAAACACUGAAUGUAAACAUAACUUUUGCAUGUUUACGAAAAAACUCCACAGGGCAGCUUUAAGUCUCAAACGUCAGAGCUUCCUGACAGCAUGUAAACGCACCAGACCUGCAGAGUAAUUUAACUUUUACAAGCUAAUAAAGACACACAGUGAUAAAUGAUCUAUCUCAGGCAGUACUGAAGUUGGCAGUAGUGUGACCAUGACUGGCAGUAAGUGUGCUUAAAGUGAUUUGCAGUAAAUAGGCUACAGAGAUCCUUGUUUAGUUUUAUCUCAGAAAAGCGUUAUUUUACAUAUGUAGAUUACAGUAUUUUAUUGUAUUUACAGUAUUUUAUUUACAUUCUGCAGUUAGACAAGCUGCUGCUGCAGUGUAGAUAUUUAAACUGACACAAACAC